UUGAGAAGAAGGCGUAGUGUUUUGCCAUAUAAAAAAGGGCAAAGGGGACACCAGUAGGAGCUCCAGUUGUUGACAACAAAAUUUUUUGAUCUCUGUUCCCCUCUGUUACUCAUACUGAUGGAUAGUCUUCCAAAAGCUGAUAGAAUCAGCUUUCUACCAGACUGUAUCUUAGAAUCCAUUGUCUCUCUCUUGCACAUAAGAGAAGCAGGCAGGACUUGUAUUUUGUCUAGGAGAUGGAGGUAUGUAUGGGCUUCUGCGCUCCCUCAUUGAACAUCACGGAUGACACCGGCAACAUCAACUUAGAUUUAAACUGGUCUUUUAUUGUUGAGCAAGCCCCUUCUCUCCACAGCGGCCCCAUUCUCUAUUGUACACACGAGCAGGUCAAUGUGAUUUGGAUCAAUGGAUACCUUUGUUAACAAGAACAGGCCUGUAAAACUCGAACUGAACUUCUCUCGUGAGGUGAGGUGCAAGAAGAAGUGAAUGGCAUUAUUUUGAUGAGUUAUAGAAUGCACACUUCUCUAUUUUCUUGUAGCUCUUUGAUGGCUUUGGACUUGAGUUUUUACUCACUCAAUCCCUCUUGCGAUUACAAGGGCAUACCAUCUCUCAAGAAUCUCACUCUAGCUUCGGUGAGGCUCAAUGUUAGCAUAUUGGAGUCUCUAGUUUCAGGGAGUGGGCGGUUGAAGAAAUUACAACUAUUUGACUGUGAUGGCCUUUACCAUCUCAAAAUUCAUGCCUCCAGCCUUUCAUUUUUAUAUGUACAAGGCAAAUUUAAUGCCAUAAAUUUGAGUAAAAGUUCCAACUUGAAGGUGUUUGUCGUAGCUCAUCCCAAAAGGGAUAAUGCCUUUGCUACCAUGAUUAGCAACGAUCUGGAGGGUCUCCUUGGAUUAGAGGUGCUUUUCAUACAUGAUUCUUUUAUGCAGUAUUUUUUCAGAGGAGUUGUUCCUGAGAGACUCCCUACCACUUACAAUUAUCUCAGGCUUUUAGUUCUGAGUUUAAAUACAAGCAAGAUAAUGGAGGUUAAGGGCUUUGCUUGUCUUCUGAGAAGUUUCGCAUACUUGAAUAUCUGACCAUUCAGGUAUGCUUGAUGAUAAGAUCUCAUUUAGCUUAUACUUUCACUUAUAUUUUUCAUACGU